AUGGAGACGAGAAAACUAGUGGUAGUGGUAGAAGAUGUGGAAGCAGCUCGAACAGCACUUCAAUGGGCUCUUCGCAACUUAGUUCGCUUUGGGGAUUUGAUCACUCUGCUUCAUGUCUUCCCAUCUUCGAAAUCAAAGAGCAAGAAAAAACAGAGGAUCCUCAGAUUACGAGGCUUUCAAUUGGCUCUCUCCUUCAAAGAUCUCUGCGACACCUUUUUCGGUGCGAAUGUUGAAAUUGUGGUAAGGGAAGGUGAUCAAGAGGAACUGACGAUUGCUUCAGUGGUCAGAGAGAUUGGAGCUUCAGAAUUGGUGGUGGGCCUCCAUGAUCAGAGCUUCCUCUACAAGUUGGCUUUGGCCCAUGGCAAUGUUACAAGCUACCUGAAUUGCAGGAUUAUUGCCAUUAAGCAGCAAUUACUGACGACAGAAGACCACCACCACCUCCCCAUGAAUUUGGACUUGGCGCAGAUUGAAAUUGCCGGAUUAUGGAUUCCUCCUCUCCCUCCACGAAAAAUUCCAUACCAAAUACUUCCAAGCCCUUUUUCUAUAAUUUGGAAAACAAAGAGAAGGAAGAAGGAGGAGCAGUUGAAAUAA